UUCAUUUUGGCACGAUGUUCAGUUCGGCCGAGCUUGCCGCCCUCCCGGUGCUGCCAAGAAAGAGAGAAAAGAUUUCCGUCAGCAGUAGAGCAGGAUAGAAAAGAACGAAGCUUUAGCCCUGGCGACGGCGGGAGUAGUGAGACAGUAGGGAGUAUCCUGUGUGCACGGCACAGUGCAGACUUCGGGUUUUUCGCCUUCAUCAGUCGAGUAUUAUUGCGAGUCGCGGACGCCCACUCGCUCCUCUAUUCUCUCCACCUAACCGCGACAGCUCCUCAGUGUUUUUCUCCAUUCUCAUUUUGAAUUGAACACAAACACAGUUUAAAUCUUCUUCAUCCGAGGCCAGUCUUUUCUCUUGUUACCUCAAGAGACCAUCAGGUCUAGGUCAAAUCGUGAAAUCUUUUUCCCGUCGUGAACUGCUUCGUAUAAUAUUUGGCUGAAAGAAAAAACCCGACAACCAGCUGAAACGUCUAUACAUCAUCUCCCAUAUUUUAGCUAAUUUCAAAGAGCUCUCAUCUAAAUUAUGACCGUCAUGAGUGCUGGGGAAUUGACCGUGAACCUGCAGCGAGAUGGGUGCGGCGAACCUUUCGGCUUCCGUCUCCGAGGAGGAACCGACAUCCGAGAGGCAUUCAUCAUUCAAAGGGUGGCCGUGGGUAGCGAACUGCGUCGCGGUGAUGUUUUGACCAAAAUCAACGACCGUCCUUGUUCGACAAUGACCCAUCGCGAAGCUGCCGAAUUGAUCAAGAAAGCCGGCACCACCAUGACUGUCACCGUUCAGCGAGGUGGACUGCCCUUGCGCCCGGUCGCUGUCCCCGUUGUUGCUCCAUCCGCCGCCGCCCCCGCUCCUACCGCUUCUUCCGGUUCAAUGUGUCAAAAAGCGCCGACCCAAGCGGGAGCUUCAAACAGGACGAUUUCGGAGAUUAUGCUAAGUCCUGUUGAGAAUCUGCCAGUCACUAUAUUCCCCAGCUCAGCUAUCAACGAAUUCAACCAACAAGUCGAAGAAAUGGAUCGCAACCGUGAAAGGAUCGUCGUCACUCACCAGCCGUACAGGACACUUCCUCUGGUAGUGCCCGGUGCCAAAACUGGUCGCGACACUGCCAGCUCCACGCAGAGCUAUUUGGCACUUCAAACGCAACAGAAUGCAAUGCUUUGGAACACCCCUGGUGCACCUCCGCAAUCUGCCAUGAAUCCGUCCUCCACCGAUGCCGUCCUCAAGCAAAAGGAUCAGGAAUAUAAGGCGAUAUUUGAAAAGGUGUUUGAACCGACCAAAGGCUGGCGUGUGGAUCCAGAACAUCAUCAGUUGGAGGCGGCUGCCGCUUUGGUACAGAGGAAAAUGGCGGCCGUCAACGAACCGGCCGGACAGACUGCCGUAGUUCACGAAGCUGGCGAUGCUCCUCCUCCCAAACAAGAAUUGGUGCACAAGCAGUUUAAUUCACCACUUGGCCUCUACUCCAAUGAGAAUGUCCAGGAAGUGCUGGCCCAACAGACUGGCAUCAUCCCCGCCCAGCCUGGACGCAAAUUGGACAUGAAGAAUUCAGAAACAUUGCGCGCUCUCAUGGAGGAGAACGAGAAGAACAACAAGGCAGCCGCUCAACGUGACUCCCGCGGACUCAAAGAAGUCCGACCGGCUGCUCCAGUCAAAACCGUCGCUUCCAAUCCUCACUUCAAGAUCAACUCGAUGGGCUUGGAAAAGGAGAAGAUCCAGCAAAGCUACAGCUUCAAGCGGCUGAUGGCUGACGUGCUGGGCGAGACAGAUUUCUAAAAGAAUCAAACAACCAUCACAACAUCAUCAGCUUGAAUUUUUAGAAGCAAAGUGGUGCACAACGCAAUAACGCCCGCAAUAAAUUCUAUCAGAGAUGUGUCAACGACGAGGGAAUAAAAUGAAGAAUAACGUCGGACAUGAUGACGAGGAGCAGCGCAUCUUUUUUGAUCAAAACUUCAAUUAAUACAAUUUUAUGUUUCUGUCUAUCUUCUUGCCGCUUCUCAUAAAAUAUUCGACAGUCAAUGUAAUACGAUACAAGAAGAGAAGAAGAAAAACACACCAAAAAGUCAACCUUCACCUUUUUUUCACUUUGUCUUGUGCCACCCACUGCCCGCUCUCUCUCUCUAUUUCUUCUCUAUCAUAAACUCGUUAUAUGGCAGACUGCAAAUCAAGAUCAACUCUAAUUAAAUUAAUAAAUUAAAUUAAUCCACAGCGCCUGUCGUUAUACUUUGUGCUAGUAGGAAACCUUAUUUGAAAAAAAACCCCAAAAAAUAAGCGAUCUAUUAUUGUAUUAUCUCUUACUAUUGUGUAUAAAAGAAAAACACCAGCAGUGGCUUAUAGAAGGGCUGCGAUACGUCAAACGUUUCCGAGUCCUCGGAAUUUUAUUUUUAACUUUUUGAUUCUUCUUUUUUUUUUGAUUCACAAAUGAUUAGAUAUGCAAAGUGUAAAGGAAAUUAUUAACAAAACCCAAUGUCCCGAAUUGUCCUCUAACCAAUUCGAAUAGAGCGCGCCUUUUUUUCAGAAUUUCAAAUAACAACUAUAACAUCCUUGAUGCAGCUGUCAUUGACGAUGUCCGCGAAUUAUUAAAUCUGUUUAAAUUAAACUAAAUGCUUAAAUCCCUUUUCCCUUCACCCCAUUGAUUGAUGAACAAAAUUGACAAACAUGCUACGAAAAUCUAUUGAAUAAUCAGCGUUUGUUUGAUUACCUCCCUUUGCUAUUAUACAUGUGUCCACGCACUCCCUUGAUUUUGCUAUAUUGCACUUAUACCUUAAAUAGCCGUCAGCCUGCACACUUGUAUACGCGUUAUGACUUAUUUUUAGAAGUGGAAAUGGAACUGAAUAUGUGUUCAACGCAUCCCGAGCCAUGGCCUAAAUCAGGUCGCUUAUUAAAAAAAUGGUUCUUCUUUUUAUUUUCUCUUCAAUUUGCUCUCCAUCUAUUCUGACUCCUUCGUUCUUAUUGUUAUUAUGUACUCAUUUCUACGUUGAGAGAUUACAUUUGACUCGAUGAAAA